AACCGCCCCUGGGGUCCAACUGCUCUCGGUAUCAGCGCGGAGGCCCCGUGCCCGACCGGGGAUGUCUACCCGCUCUCGUUGCGUGUCGUGGCGGGCUUUGUUCUGUCGAUAAACGUGUAGCCCCCGCGUGGCACAUGUGUACACACUCAACUCGGCUGACACUUUUCCUCGUUUGUGUGCCGGCCCUCGGUUGAUUUCAGCGGCGCUUGGCGUUAUUGCUCCCGUCCAAGUCAUCGCUCGAGGCUCCGUUCUUUCCGCAUCCGGUGCCUCGUUAGCCGCUGCCAUGGCUUCUGCACUUCUUCCGUGCUCGGAAACGCCAGCUCCGUUGGAAAACCUCCACCGCACCAGCUCCCAAGUUCCACGCCUCUCCAUGCUGGCGGUUCCAUGACACAACUGCCUGGAACUAUUUCCUUGAAGUGAGACCAUGCAGCAGAUCACCGUCAGCCUGUCCCAGGACCACGACGUCCGAAAAGCCCCGAUGAACGUUUGCGACAGCCUGUCUCCAGUGGAUGGCAAGCCCAAGCCGCCGCUCAACGCCGACUGCGUCCUUUCCAAUGAACUGCUCGAGACCCUUCGACGGGAAUGCCUCGAACGGAAGGUGAUGGCCAGGUUGUCCCGACGCCCCAUCAUGAUAGACACGAAACGGCUGCCCACCAAAGACGAAGGCAAGCACGAGUCCGCCUACAAGCAGGUCAAGCUUGAGCUGCCAAACUGCAAUUAUGUCCUCAGCGAAAACUACGAGAACCUCUCUGGAGACGAAAGCCAAGCUGCGCGAUCGUUCGACACUAAUGAGGUUGACCACAAGGCCAUUGCACCUUUUCUACCUCUCGUGGAUGCCAUGGAGAAGCGUGACAGUGAAGAGGAGAAGAAGCUGGCGGAAGAUGCCGAGGACGACUUUCCGGAAGAAGGCAGCCUAGUCAUCGAUGACGGCUCGACGGCUCCCAGUGGACCCCCCGCGAGGCGGUGGAACCGCCGUCCUUCAGCCCCUGGGUGUAAAUCACCCGACGAAAGACCGCCGACUGCGGGUGCCGUAGCGCAACAAGAAGUUUCGCCUCCGGUCCGCCGAACAGCUUCCAGGGAAAGUGCCGGAGACGUUGAAGGAGGUGUCAGGGAGGACGUCAAAGUAACCGAAGUAGCCGGCAAGGAAGCGGUCAAGGAACGGAAGCGAUUGUUGCUGAGAGACUCAAAGACCAAGAAAAUCAGUCCUGGUGUUGUGAGGAGAGCGUCAAGCUGCACCGAAAGGAGGCCGGACUGCGACGCCGAGCGCGCGGGUGGCUCCUCGGCGGAGGCUCCCAAGAAGCGCGGCAGGAGGAAACUAUCGCGACAGCUGGUCAAAUCGAGCAGCGAGGAGACGGUGGACAAGCGCGUCGCCCCGACCGGCGAUCCGACUGACGACAGUAGCGUCCGGAACGGUCAGAGAAAGAGGGGUCGCUGGAAAUCCAGUCCCGCUGACUCUGACAAAGCCAGCGAGGAAGGUUCGGACAGUAACAACACCGUCGACUACCAGCUCAGUUCGGACGACGAGGCCGGGAAACCGAACAGGGCCCCCGGAGUAGACGAUGUCACAUCUAGCAAAAGUGGGCCGAAACGGCAGCGGAAGAGUGCGGAAGAGACGAGGAAGGGCAACGAGCCCCAGAACGACGAGUCCCGAUACAAGAGACUGGCCCAGGAACUGCCGGGAUUCAACUGGUUGGAGCAAAAAAUCAUGGGCCACGGGAGCAGCAACUACAGCGAGCCUUCAGCCGCUGCCAAGCCGCCGCCUCCCAGAACGCCCACGGCCGUUGGGGAAAGAGAAAAGACGGAGCAGAUUGGGACGGUGGCCUCUGAACCCGUGCCCAGAUACCCACCGGGAACAGACAUCCUCAGCAGAUCCAUGUCCGAAAUUCAAGACGACUGCCCCGACGACGACCGCGGCUGCGAAGCGGAGACUGCCAUACAGGUCCCAAUCGAUGUUCCGCAGCCAGAGAGUGUCAUCAGAAGUACAAAAGAUCCAACCGCUCAACAAGGCGUCCUUCGAGAUGGAAUCUCGAGUCACGUCAUUGUUUCUGGAAGCUCGCAUCGUUACCAGCCACCUCCAUUACUUUCUCGGGAUAUCACCGUAACAGCAAUUCCUCAAGAACGCAGCGCCUAUACGGCGAUUUCGCCCCUUCCUUUUGGGGCGCCUGUUGAAAGUCCUGGCAGUGCGCCUGCUCAAAGAAUGACGCUUCAAUGUUCCAAAAAUGUUGCCUCGGAGGCGGUUCCAGAAGACACUCGGAAUGGUCCCUCUUUGUUACUUCAGCGUCAUGGCCCAUCUAGACACGGCACACCAGACGAUCAAACUAGUGAUUCGGAUGUUUUAUAUCUCGGUGUCGUGCAAAAAUUUGACCCGAACAAAGCCAAUCAGCAUGAAGAGGAACCCAGGCUGGCUCAGCAUUCAACAGGAAGACAUGUUGAACGGGGUCGCCUUUCUUUGACGCAAACAGUCCCGAGCCCUGAAGUGUCUCGUCCUGGUGGUUCGGAACCGAUGAAUUUAAGCGAUCAUUCUAGACGGGAGGCAUACCUGUCGAGGCACCCUGGCGUUCCAUACCAUGCACCUCAACCGAUGAUAAGCCCGAGAGAGCAGGUGGUGCCACAACAUCAGCAACCAUCCCAGCAGCCACCGCAGCAACAGCAUCAACAACAACAUCAGCAACAGCAUCAGCAGCCUCAACAGCAGCAUCUACAACACCAGAAACAGCAGCAGCAACAGCAACAGCAGCAUCAGCAGCAGCAGCAGCAGCUACAUCAGCAGCAGCGGCUGCAUCAGCAGCAGCAGCUGCAUCAGCAGCAGCAGCAGCAGCAGCAGCAGCAGCAGCAGCAGCAGCAGCAGCAGCAACAGCAGCAACAAAAACAACAACAGCAACAUCAGCAGCCUCAACUGCAAAAAUCACAGCAGCCGCAGCAAUUACAGCAGCAACAACAGAGGCUACAACAGCAACAGCAACUACAGCACCAACAACAACAGCACUUCCACCAGCAGCAGCAACGAUGGAUGCAGGAGCGCCGGUUCGAGCAAAUGAUGAACAUCGUACCGGUUCCCCAGCAGGCGAGACCGCCUCCUACGUUCGCCCAAGUUCAUCAAAUGCAGACACCUCCUCAUUAUGGGAACCUUCAAGCGUUUCCACCGUUGGUGCAAGCUUGCUUUGAGGCGGGCAGUCAGUACAGAGCCCCCAAUUUCGGCCCAGCACUGCCGCGGCCAAGUCAGCAGCCACCUCCUUUGUCGCGAGAGGAGCUCCAUCGAAAUGGCCGAUCAGAUCCAUACUCUGGGCAACAGCGCAUGGAGACUCACCAAGCACAAAUGCGGGCGGAGAAGCAUCAGACACAACAGGAUAAAACCAUGAAUCAGCCAAGCGGCGCCUCUCCCUUUACGCAACAAAGCAAUGCGUACGCCGGAAUGCACUCUGGGGGAACGAUGAUUGAAGGAACUCCGCGGAGCGCAGGCAACGCUAGUUCGAAUCCAUUUGCUCAGGAGGGACCUAAGAUAGACCUGUAUCGUGAGGGCGUUUCUACAAGAGCAGCGAGAAUGGCCCCUUCAGCGCCCGGGAUGCCAAAGCAGCACCUCAGGGAUGUGUCACCCUAUUCAGCGCUCGCACCUUGUGGUGAAAACGCGUCCAUGGCAGACUACUCUGGUAAUCUGAAAGCCGAAAUGGAACUCCGGAAAGAGGAGCUCAACUAUCUCGACGUCCUCGCAUCCCAGAAGGAAGCCGAGUACGAGAAAGUAGUUCACAUGAGAACCGAGAAGCUUCGAAUCCUGACCCAGCUCGAAAAUCGGUACAGAAAAUCUACCGAACAAGCGCAACAUUUCACCGAAGAUGAACUCAAGUUGCAUCAGACGUACAGUACAGAAACUCGGCCUCCUUCGAAUGAAGACGAGAAAGGUACCUCAAAAAUGCGCGAAGAAAUGAAAACUCAGGUGGAUGACGCUCGGCAUAUGACUCCUUCGAGCGUGGGAAGUGGACCUCGAAAGCCGUCGCCAGACGGAGGACCCUCGCUCGUGUCCCGUUCUAGCCCAGCGCAGCAGGGAACCCCGGGCCUUGUUCCUUAUCCGGUCCAAAUUCCGCCAGCAAGACCUGCACAUUCGCUUGCACCGCACGCCAGUAUCCCUAUGAGUGUUCCUCUCAUCGGCACUGGACUUUUCAACGUCAGAAGCUUGGACGUGCCCCGAGAUUUGUCGCCUGCGAGCUUGCAAGCCCAAAACGCCUCGCCAGCAUCGGAACACAACCGCCAGCCCUACGCUGGAAACCGUGGAAAGAUCGCCCCGGCGCCUCCAACAGAUUCCCCGAAACACCCGGUUAAAAGAAAGCCGUCCCAGCCCGAAUUGGAACGGCGUCCUCAGGAUUUGCCCAACGGUGCUGCGAUGAGCGGCGCGCAACACCCAGCCUAUCCGAAACAAUCUGCUGGGGAGUUUUCCAAGGCCCCUGUUUUGCAGCCUCAGCAUCCACAAUGGCAGCAGUCCAAGGGGCCGGGUCGGGAACUACCCGGUGUGCCGCCGAAUUUCCAGCACGUCUCUGGCAGCGCUUUUCAGUCGUACCACGCCUUUCCGCACAGCAGGUUUCCUCUCGAGGGAUAUCCGCUCCCGCCCAACUUGCCUAACGUGGCGUGGAACUCGUACGCAGAAGCCCUUCAGGAACGGUACGCUCUUCAGUUGGCGAAGCAGGGUCUCUACAGAGUGGGCCGUGCAACAGAUAUGCAGGAAAGGCAGAGAGUCGAAGACGUCCAGACGGCCCUUACUGCCAGCAGGGAACGCCAGAAGAGGCUCGAGAAGGAGGACUACGCUCAUCACCAGGUUCAUCAGGAGAGCCAACCUCCUCCCCGCCUCAACGCGGCGCCGGCGGCGCAGCCGGGAAUUCCGAGGCAAGAACCGCAGCCCCACCCGCAGCAGAGAGCGCAGGUGGCCCCAGCAACUGCCAACAAGCUCAACUCCUGUGGCUUCUGUGGUCAAUACGCUAUGUACAUGUGCUCGGGCUGCCAGAAUAUUUGGUACUGCGGGCCCCAGUGUCAAAAAAACAACUGGGUGAACCACUCUCACAUGUGCCAGGGUUCCAAACGUUGAACAAAGUUAACAACUCUGUCGGCUGUGAUCAUCGCAUCAGCUCGCCUCGCCUACCGUAUUUUGCCUGAUAGCCACAAUAGAUAGGCUGUCUACGUGUGUGCAAAGGGACCAAGCACCUGACUACAAGUUGAAACGACUGUCUCCAAGAAUCUCUGCUCAGCUGUUCUCUUCAAGUGUGUUGUGUGAACUAGUUCCGCUCCUGCCACCCCUCUGCCUGUCGAACUUGACAAAUGUGGGUGCUUGCUGUAGUCCAUGCCACAUUGUGAUACAUCAGGGUGUGUAUUGUAUUACCCCGCGUUGUUCGCCGGGAGCCUUAACAUCAAAACUCUUCGUGAUGAGUGAGUUUGCUUUUUUCUAGUUUUAUCUUCACGUAAUCUUGCGCUUUCUGUGAUGUAGUGCGUGUUUCAUGCCAAUUCAAUGGCAGAGAACAGGUUGAUGGUGGCACGUUUCAGUAGCCAACCCUUGUGGCCAGUUACCAGUCUUUCAACAACAUUCAUUCAGGUUACGCGGGCGAGGGCUCUACGCCUUUUCGAGUACUGCGACGUAAAUAUAAACCUGCCAUGUCCUUGGAAGCUGUAGGGCUUGGGCGGCUUCUGUUCCCAACUUCUGCGCAUUUGCGGUGAACACAAGAGCAACAACAAUCCUUCGCGCUUCGCGAAUAAAAAACAAAACAAAAAAAAAACAGCCACACCUGACUGCCAUUUGACGAUUCCAAUCGAUAACCGGCACGAAGCCUCACACGUGUUUCUGAAGUGAGCUUUCCUUGUAACUUUUCACAACUUUAAAAGGGGUAUCAGUUUAAAACCCAAGGAUUGUACGUCUGAGACAAAACCCAAUUCUACUGGCGCUUUUUUUUUUGUUACGACCAAAGAAUUUACCUGAAGUCAGAUUGUUUUAUAUAAAAUGAAUAGUUUAUUUUCAAGCUCACCUGUGUCAUGAAUGUUACCACUGUCACCGUAUCUGUUAAUUAUUCGGUGCCAUCAGGUGAAUUUCGUGUUAUUCUAGUUCAUUUUUUGCUGUUGCGGUUGUAUGAAGGUGGUUCGGACGUUUUCAAGAGGAAAGGGGGGCUUUUAUAUGUUGACAUGAUGGUUAUCUCUUUUUCACUUUUACCGUGUUGCAGUUUUUAUCAUCAGCUAAUGAUGUCGCAACGGGUGCGUUCUGUUGACAGAGUGUGUUAUCUGUUAUCAAAAGACAAUCACCUUACACGAGUUUCAAAGAAAGGCCGUGGAUUCUUCUAUGAAACUGCGAAUUCAUGAAGCUUGACUGGCCCCGGGCGCGUUUGACCACUACGCCUCAGCCAUGUUUUGCCCCUGUGCCUGGUCCCGGUAUCACGAUUAUGCUCGAGGGUUUGUGUCUACACAGUGCCGGUCGCUACUUUAUUAAUGACCUGCAACAUACUCGUGAUAUCCAUACAAAGCAAUAUUGUCAUACAUCACGCUCAUUAUUUUCUUUCGCAUGGGUGUAAAAUUAUCACGGAUAUGUUUUGUCGUGAGCACCUCAACUGGGCGUGUUGUUUACUGGCACCGCAGGGCAAUAUUGUUGUUAUUUAAUAAUUGUACAGUUUUGCAGAACCGUUUUGUAACCUCUUCAUUUGAUUUUAUCAUUAUCGUGUUUUCUCGUGUGCUCUUCGUGUUCAAUCCUUAUGUAAAUAAAGUCAUCCCCGCUUCACUUUCCUACGAGAUGAGAUAUACUAUCUGAUAAGUUUUAUGUACAUGUGCUUUAUAUUAAACGUUUGUUAAGAUGA